CGGAACCAUCGAGUGAAUUUUCAUCAGUCAACAUCCGUUCUCAACAACAAACAUUUCUAUUUGUAAUUUAGUAGCUCAUCUAUUAACCAACAAUUCCAAUUAUGUCUAAAUUGUCAAUUCUUUUGGUCCUCUGUUGUUUGUCUCUUCAAGUUUUCGCUUAUGAUCAUGGACAUGGACACGGUGGUGGGGGAGCAUCAAAAGUUUUCCAAAAACAAGACGGAAAAGGAAAUUACGCUUUUGGUUAUAAUGUUCUUGAUCCUAAAGGAGCUUCAAACUAUCGUGAGGAAUCAGGUGAUGCUUGGGGCAAUAAGGCUGGUUCCUAUGGGCUAAAGGAUAAAGAUGGUCGACUCCGAAUCGUCCAUUAUGUUGCCGAUAAAAAUGGUUUCCGAGUGAAAAUUGAUUCCAAUGAACCUGGUGUUGCCUCCGUUGACUCUGCUCAUGCUAAAUUCAAUGGUCCCGAUCACCAUGGAUCCAAAGUCGCUCAUAUUUCCCAUCAAAAACCUUAUGUCCACCACGAACCUCGUUACGAUGAACAUCGAUCGGUAGUUCCAAGUGUCCCAGUGGUUCCCUCGCUUCCCUCGAUCCCUCAUGUCGAGAAACCAAGUUACCCAAUGGAAAAGAAAUCCGAUGAAUUCGAUGUCGAUAUUCCCGCUCUUGGUGAUAUUCUCAACUAAUUCUGAUCAUCUUAAUUUACUUCUCUUAAUUGUCCUUCCAUUGGUUCAAUCAAAGUCAGAGUUUUAAUUUUUCUCACUCUCUCUAUGGAUUACUAAUCAAUCUUGGACUGCCAAUCAAAGUCAAUCGCUAAUUGUUGCCAUUGCUAAUUGUUAAUAUAUUAUUAUUAUUAUUGUUCGUUAGAUAUCAAAUCAUUUAGGAUACAAAAUUUCGUAAAUUAUUGCUAUUAAUUGUUAAUUAUUUAAUUUUCUAUUGUAUUGUAAACAUUUGAUAUUCUAGUUUCUAAAUUGCACUGACAACUUGUUAACUCAUCAAAGAAAAGAUUACAAUUAAAUUUCAAUUUGGUCUAAAACGUUAAUUGUAAUGAUUGGAAAAAUAUACCAUUAAUUGUAAAGAAUA